AUGCCCCCAACAUUCUCAAAGAUCACUCCUUCCCUCCCCGUAACUUCCAUUCCAGACUCCAUAGAAUUCUACACAACCAAACUCGGCUUCCGCAUUUCAGGCCGCGACCGCGACGACCAUACUUGGCUCCGACUAGGAGGUCAAGAUGCUGAAAAGGCUUCCAUUCCGGUGAAUGUGUAUUUGAGAAGACGAGGUUUCCCCUCGAUUCCCAAUGACGUCGAAUUCGGUAAAGUGCACAUUCGCGUAGAUGGAGCAGAAGAUGAAUUGGAGAAGUUGUAUGAGACAUUCGUCGCGAAUGGAGUGAAAGUCCUAGAAGAAGUGAAGGUGAUGCCUUGGGGAUUGAAGCAUUUUACUGUGACAGAUCUUGAUGGGAAUAUUUUGAACUUCGAUCAGGCCAUUGCAGGAUGGAAGCCGCCAGCUCGGAGAGAUUGA